GAGACUACUGAAAUCAUCCUUAGAACCGUAACCAUAGCAGUAUAUUUUUCCUCUUUGAACAAAAAACUAUUUUUACUGUAUUUUUACCAUAUAAAGUAUUUUAAGAACAUGAAAAAAAAUAUUUUCUGCUGUUAGAAAUAAUGGGAGAACCUCGUUUAAAAUAAUCCUCAUUCUCAUUUAGUAGAAAUCUGUUUUAAUGCUUUACUCCUAUGUGUGCAUAUGUGUAAUUAUUCGACACUAAUUUUAACUAAAUGUAUUAAACAGGACUGCAUUCUAACGUAGUUCCUCAAAAUUAUAUCUCUUUAAAAAAUCUAUUUAAAUGACUAUUUAGAGAGGCAGCAUUCUCUGGCUAGAAUGCCUGCAUUCAGAUACCUUGCCCUGCCACUUGGUAGCUGUGUACCUCAAAAUUAACCUCUCUAUACCUAGAAUUUCCUUUUAUGAAAUGCCUGGCAUACCAUAAGCACCAUAAAAAUUAACUAAGUUGUUUAUGUUUGUAAAUCUUGAAGUAUUACUAUUUGUAUUUCCUUUCAGUAAUUUAAAUCUUGCUCUCAUAACUUCUUUCUUUUCCCAAACAUUGAAGGUAAUCUUGUUCUAAUGAUAUUUUGGUGGUUUUCUAUCCCCCCACUCCCCACUCCUCAUAAACACUUAUUCAACAGAUAUUUAUUGAAUCCUGCUAUGAACAACGGCUCGUGUAAAGGGUGAGGACUGUAUAUUCAUCAAACAGAAACAUAAAAAGCUAUGAAGAGGAGAUUUUUAGGACAAAGAUUCCAGAAAAUGUGUUACCACAAAAGAAACCUGACUUCGAUUUGGGAAAGCUUAUUGACAGUAAUGGAAGAUCAUCUGUAGAGUUCUUAGAUAAAAAAUCAUCUGAUUGUUCUCUUCUGAAACAUGGAAUUCCAGAGCAUAUCAGUGAUAGAGAAGAUAGCUUAAUUACCCCUGAUAAUUAUGACUUGGAGCCUGCAUCUGAAUUAGGAGAAGAUUUAUUGAAACUUUACAUGAAACAUUGUUGCCCAGAUAUUGAUAUUUAUGUUGAUGGAAAAAGUUUUAAAGCUCACAGGGCCAUUUUAAUUGCAAGAUCUAGUUAUUUUGCUGCUAUGCUGUGUGGCUGUUGGGCUGAAAGCUCCCAAGAGUACAUUACUCUUCAAGGUAUAAACCAUAUAGAAAUGAAUGUUAUGAUGCAUUUUAUAUAUGGAGGAACUUUGGACUUUCCAGACAAAGCUAAUGUUGGUCAGAUACUCAAUAUAGCUGAUAUGUAUGGACUAGAAGGAUUAAAAGAAGUUGCAAUCUAUAUUUUAAGAAGAGAUUACUGUAAUUUCUUUCAGAAGCCUAUUCCUGGAAGGUUGGCAUCUAUUCUAGAAUGUUUGAUUAUUGCUCAUUCAGUUGGAGUGGAAAGUCUUUUUGCUGACUGCAUGAAGUGGAUUGUAAAACAUUUUGCAAGGUGUUGGUCUGAGAGAAGCUUUGCAAAUGUACCCCCUGAGAUUCAAGAAAGUUGUCUUAAUAUAUUGAUUAAGUCCUUGAAUGAUAAGAAUGCUGCUUUUCUUCUGACGGAAAGUGACAGACUAAUCAUCAGUCUACCCAGAGUGAAGUGGACAGAAGCAGCAGUGACCAUGGCAUCUCGGCUCCAAGAAGAAUGUAUUGUGUUUAUUGUAGAAAAUUUCUCCAAAGUCAUUCAGACUCAAAAUUUUGCUCUUUUCUUACAGUCACAAGCAAUGAGCAGCACAGCUGAUCUAUUGGACAAAAUUUUAAAAGCAAUUGAAGAAAACAUUACCACCGAGAAUAGUUGCUCUUUUCUUAUGGCUCUGGAUAUGUUAUUGAACUGUGAAAGUACAAAGGAAAUGGGUUUUACGUGCAAGAUCCAGGCCCUGCGUGAUAAGCUGUGGAUCUUCCUGGUUCAGUCUUUCUAUGCUGUUCGUCACACAGAAAGCUGGAAGCUGAUGAGCACAGAUCAUCAACAGAAAAUCCAAGCAACUGCAUUUGACAAAGGUGACGAUCGAAGACUUGGCAAAAAGCCUGUAUUCAGUAGCUCUCAGCAAAAGAGACAAGCUUCUGACUUGGAUAUUAUAAAAGACAGUUCUUGGAGGGGAAAUAACAAGAAAGAGUGUCGGAGUUUUCCCUCUACUAGUCAAAAGAUGAAAUCGGAUGGAUUAGGAGCAUCCGGACAUUCAUCAAGUACUAACAGAAAUACAAGUAAAACUUUGAAGCAUGAUAAUUUAAAGGAAAAGGAUGGUACAAAAGCAGCAUCUAAGGUUACAAAAGAUUUCAAAACUGGGGGAAAAAAUGUUUCUGGAAAGCCCAAGGCUGUAAUAAAACCCCAAACAGAAAACGGUGAUAAUGCGAAGUCAGAAAACAUGUCUCCUAGACAGGUUAUGGAAAGCUCAGCAACAGCAGCAACAAGUGGACAGAAAAAUUCACUAAAUGGAAAAGAUGUGAAAAUUCAGGAAGGGCAUAUUACAGGUGCCAGACCAAAGGUACUUGCUGGAAACUUAAAUGCACAAGCCAAAGCAAAACCUUUGAAGAAAGUGACAGGGAAAGAUUCUCCACGCCUCAAUAUCACAGGGCCUGCCAGCAAAUCUACAAAUUCAAGUACGGAAUUAUUGAUUUCCACUCAAAGUCUGGAUGAACCAAAAGAAAAUGGAUCAAUAGGAGAAGAGAAACUCUCUGAUCAUAAAUUGUCCUUUUGUGAUUCUCAAAGACAGACAGUGAUAAACACUGUGCAGAAUGUCAAAACUUCCACUGUAGUAAAAUCUCGACCUGUUUCAAGGGUUGCCAAUGGAACUUCCAAUAAAAAAAGCAUUCAUGAACAAGAAACUAAUGUACACAACAGUGUGCUAAAGAAGGUUACUGGCAAAGGAUAUAAUGAUCCUGUACCACAGCCAAUUUCGAAGAAAAGAGGAAAUGGCAAUGGAUGUGUUACUACUCCACAGAGGAAAAAAAAUGCCCCAUGUAAUCUUGCUAAAACCCAAGGAUCCCAAGGAGAGUCACCAAAUUCACUAAAAUCUUCAGUUUCUUCAAGGCAGUCUGAAGAAAAUUUGACAAAGUUGGAUCACAAUAUAACCACAGAUAAACAAACACCUAAGAGAAAAAUUGUCAUGGAAGGCCAUACAACUUUGUCUAAGGUUAAUGUAAAAACAGUGGCAAUGCCUAAAAAUCGGAGUCAGUCAAAGAAAGGUGAAACUUUGAAUAAUAAAAAUGCAAAACAGAAAAUGCUUCCUGGACAGGUUACUUUGAAGACUCAGUCUUCUCAAAGACCUUUAAAAAGCGAGACAUCUGUUGUCCAAACAAGUCUGCUUCAUGAUAGACAUGACAGUAAUAACACGGGCAGUGUUUCUGAACAGAAGCCCCACAGACCUCUAAUUAAUCUUGGAUCUGAAAUCAGUGGUACAGAGGCAUCCCAGUCCUCAUGCAAACCUGACCCACAAAAGCCAUUAAACAAUCAAGGAAAAGAUAAGUCUGUACUAGAAUGCCAAAAUAUUUCAAAGCUGGAUAAAUCUGUAAAACACAAACCAGAAUCAAAACAGAUUUGUUCAGAUAAAAGUGAAUCCAAAUUUCCUGAUUGUAAAGAAACAGAUAAUUACAGUGCAGCUAAAAUACAUUGUCAUUCUGAUAGGAAUGAUAAUGUAGAUUCAAACUUUUAUAGCUCAAGUGCCCUAAAAUCCAUGAUUUCAAAUCCAAAUGAAAACUUGAACUCUAAUCCAGUUUGUGAUUUAGACACAACUGCAGAGCACAUCCAUUUAAUAUCAGAUAGAGAGGACCAAGUAGGCAGAAAAGAUACAGACAAAAAAGCAAGCAUUAAAUAUGUGAAAGAAGUUUUACCUCAUAUUCCUGAGAAGGCAGUUUGUACCUUAAAUUCUGUUCAAGAUGACAGAAAAUACAAAAUUCAUGAAAAACUGACAAUUCCUAGUCAGUUGUCUAAUGAUUCUGCUAUAAAUGAAGAUAAACAUGUUAUAGCAGAUUCGGAUAUUUCUUCCAAAUGUUUUUUGGGGCAAAUAUCAGGAAAAAAUUCUCCUAAAGUUAGGGAAACAACAGAAACUCCAGAGAGCCAUGAAGCUCCAGAAGCUCCCUUUAUGGGUCCCUGGAAUUUGAGUACCAGUAUUCUGCAUCAGAAAGAGAGUCCUGAAUCGGACACUGGCAGUGCUACCACAUCCUCUGAUGACAUAAAGCCCAGAUCUGAAGACUAUGAUGCAGGAGGAUCUCAGGAUGAUGAUGGGUCAAAUGACAAAGGCAUAUCUAAAUGUGGCACUAUGCUGUGCCAUGAUUUUCUUGGAAGAAGUAGCAGUGAUACCAGUACUCCUGAAGAAUUAAAAAUAUGUGAUAGUAAUUUAAGAAUUGAAGUAAAAAUGAAAAAGCAAAGUAGUAAUGAUCUUUUCCAUGUUAAUUCAACAAGUGAUGAUGAGAUUCCCAGGAAAAAGCCAGAAAUUUGGUCUCGCUCUGCAAUAGUUCGCCCUAAGGAAAAAGAAAAUAUUCCACGAGGCAGUAUCCAGUUUGUUCAGGAAAUAGAACAAGUUUCUUCCUCGGCAGAUGAAACAGAGGAUGAAAGAUCUGAAGCUGAAAAUGUUGUAGAUAAAUUUCCUACAGCCAACCCAGCUCCUCAGCAGUUUCAGGGUAUAAUUAAUUUAGCUUUUGAAGAUGCAACUGAAAGCGAAAGUCACGAGUUUUCUGCAACUAAAAAAUUUAAAAGAUCAAUUUUACUUUCGGUAGAUGAAUGUGAAGAACUGGGAUCUGAUGAAGGGGAAGUUCAUACUCCCUCUCAGCUUGCUAUAGAUUCUCUUUCAUCUUCUGAUGUGUUUGAUGGCAUUUCUCAUGAACAUCAUGGAAGGGUCUGCUAUUCCGGAUACUCACAAGAAAGUGAAGAUAAUAUUUUAGAUUGUAAGCAAGAUAAAGGCAACAAUGUAUAUAAAAAUGAAAGCACUCUCUUGGAUCUUAGUAGCAUUGACUCUUUAAGGAAAGAUAAACAGAGUGCUUCAGCCACAGAAAAAAAGAACACAAUAUAUGCCCUGUCCAAAAGAGGCAGACAGCUUCUUUCAGAAGAUACAAAAGUAAACAUUGGAAAUGAUGUAGAUAAUGACUUUCGGCAAUGCAACAAACUCUCAGAUAGCGAUAUAAAAACUCAAGAAAGACCCUGUCAUUUAGAGCUUCAUCAAAGAGAACCCAAUCCUGACAUACCAAAGAACAGCUCUGCAAAAUCUCUAGACUCAUUUCGGAGUCAAGUUCUGCCUCAGAAAAGUCAAAUGAAAGAGAGUCAUCCUACAGCUACCGAAAUAGCUAAUAUUGCUCUAUCUGCAGGAGACAUAGAUGAUUGUCACACACUGGCACAAACCUGCAUGUAUGACCAUCAGCCUUCAAAAACUCUCUCUCCAAUAUAUGAGAUGGAUGUAAUAGAAGCUUUUGAGCAGAAAAUGGAUUCAGAAACACAGUUUAGGAACAUGGAUUUUGAAGAUGAUCAACACUUUGCAAAACAAGAUUGGACACUACUAAAGCAACUGCUCUCUGAACAGAAUUCAAACUUAAAUAUUACAGAUUCUGUUCCUGAAGACUUAAAUUUAGCACAGUAUCUUAUAAAACAGACACUACUUUUAGCACGAGACAGCUCAAAACCUCAGGGCAAAGCACAUGUUGACACUUUGAACAGAUGGAGUGAACUAACAUCUCCAUUUGAUGAUUCCUCAGCAAGUAUCACCAUGGCUAGUUUUUCCUCAGAGGAUUGUUCACCCGAAGGGGAAUGGACAAUUCUGGAACUGGAAACUCAGCAUUAAGAGUGUUCAAAUUUUGAAAAAAUUUAACUAUGCGACUUCUUUAUUUUUUGAUGCUUAAUAUUUUAUCCAGAUAAUAAUUGCAUUAGCCAUACAUAAACUGUCCUUAAUAUUGAGGGUGUUCUUCCAAUUUAUUGGGGUAAAUAUAGUUUAUUUAUUAAUAUGAUAUUACAUUUAGAAAAAAAGUGUUUUUCUAAAAUUUUGAGCAUGUUUUCUAUUAUAGAGAAAUUAGAAGACUUGAAACUUUGCUUCAAUUUUCCUUUCCUAACUGAUCAUUUGUUCAUUUGUUUAUAAUUCAAGAAUUUAAAAUGUGAAUGUACAACAAAUAUAUCAGUCCACUUACUUUUUGUUCUGCAUAUGUUAACAAUAAUUUAACAAUAAAAAUCUGUGUUUGUGUCAA